CGAAAAUCUUGAGUUUGUGUGCCUGGAAAAGUGUUGGAUAUGGCUUAUGCUGCUCUACUUUCUCUAACUCAAACACUAGAACAGAUCCUGGGUUCUCGCUCUGAAGAGAAACAUAUCAAAUCUCUCCAUGAAAAGCUUAGCUUCUUGCUAUCAUUUUUGGAAGAUUUUUCACAAAAAAAUACUGAAACUAUUGCAAGUUUGGAAGUAAGAAUCAGAGAUGCAACAUAUGAAGCCGAAGAUAUAAUUGAAUUGCAUAUGUCAAAACAGAUUCUAUCAGAAUCUGCAAGUCAAGGAGUUAUCAGCUGUUUUGGGAAAAUAAUUGCUGCACUCCAAAUUAUGAUGCCCUUGUUCCAUAAUUCUGAAAAAUAUCGCUUACAGAAAGUAAUAAAGGAGAUUGAUUCCAGUUUGGUAGACGUGGAGAAGAUGAGGGACAUGAACGACAUAGAAGGUUCAUCAAAGUCCAGUUCCAGUAACAAGAGUACUUUAGUGGGAUUUGAUAAUGACUCGAUGCAAAUUACGGAUCCACUCAGUGAACCACCUCCUAAAUUCAAAAGCACCUCAAUUGAUGGAAUUGAAGACAUUGAAGUGAUGGUGAAGACUAAUGAUCAUAAUGAUUUACAAGAUCUACCGCCAGAGAACUCGUUGCGUGCUACUUCAUCAAAAUCUACUUCCACUAAAAAGAAUACUAUGGUGGGAUUUGAAGAUGACUUGCACCAAAUUAAGGAAGAACUGGUCGGGCAAUCCUCUAGGUUGAAAAUCAUUUCAAUCGUCGGAAUGGGAGGCAUUGGCAAGACAACACUUGCCAGUAAUAUUUACAAUGAUUCAUUUAUUAAGGAGCACUUCUACAUUCGGGCCUGGACAACUCUAUCUCAGGAAUAUCGUGUGCAAGAACUGCUAGUACACCUUCUAAAAUCCAUGGAAGAAAUCACUGAUAAAAUGAAUCAAAAGGAAACAGAUGAAUUGAAAACACAAGUAUAUCAACGUUUGAAGGGCAAUAGAUAUCUCAUUGUUAUGGAUGAUGUGUGGGAUGCCAAAGUCUUAGAUGAAUUAAGAAGGAUAUUCCCGGAUGACUGUAAUGGAAGUAGGAUAAUUUUGACAUCUCGACAAUCCAGUGUCGCUGUUAAUGCCAACUCUUCUGCCUGUACUCACCAUCUGAGUUUUCUAAGUCGCAAACAAAGCUUGAGUCUUCUGUGCCAGAAGGCCUUUAGGAAUGAACGCUGUCCCCCUGAACUCGAGGAAAUUGGAAGGAAAAUAGCAGAAAAAUGCAAAGGACUUCCACUUGCACUUGUAGUAAUUGGUGGUGUCCUCUACAAAGCGGAGAAGACACGAGCCAAUUGGGAGUAUGUUGCAGAAAAUGUGAAAUCUGCAGUAACUGGAAAUGAUGAUGAUUUCAUGGAAAUACUGUCUUGGAGUUACAACCACCUGCCCCAUCGUCUUAGAGCAUGCUUCCUUUAUAUGGGAGUUUUUCCUGAAGAUUAUGUGAUCCAUGUCUCCCAUCUUAUCAGGCUAUGGGUUGCUGAGGGAUUUUUAAAGCCAAAUACGCAUAAAAGUUUGGAAGAAGUGGCAAAGGAUUAUUUGGAAGAGCUUAUUGAUAGAAAUCUAAUUAUGGUUCGUGACCGGACUUACACUGAGGAAAUCAAAACCUGCAGCAUCCAUGACAUCAUGAGAGAACUUUGCAUGAGGAAAGCUCAGGAGGAGAAAUUUCUUUAUGUCGCCAAUCAAGAAUUUGAUAUUUCUUCGGAAGUCAUGAAAAAUCAGCGUCACAUAAGUAUUCAUCUGACUGGGCAGAAUGCAGUCAUAUAUCACUCAACUUUUCGUUCACUUCUAUACUUCACAGAUAGUCUAUUGCCAAAUUCUCUAUGUUUUGAGCUUCUUAGGGUGUUGGAAGCAGGCAAUAUAGAUUUCUCUGAGUUUCCAGUGGAAAUAUUAAAACUUUCUAAUUUAAGGUAUAUUGCUUUGUCCUACCAUGGGAAAUUCGUGAUUCCUGCCUCAAUAUCUAAACUUUGCAAUCUUCAGACCUUGAUUCUUUUUCAACAUUCUUAUGCUAAAAGAUUGUUCUUACCAAUGGAACUCUUGAAGAUGCCACGGUUAAGGCAUCUCUUGUUCGAUGAAGCUGUCUUGUUUUGUUCUGAUGGUCCAGAAAAUGUGAACCUACAAACACUUUCUGGUGUAAUUGAUUUCAAAUUGACUCAGGAGGCCCUUCGAACAAUUCCUAACCUGAAGACAUUGGGAAGUUCUUACCAUUGUGAAACUCAAACUGAGUUGUCAUUCUAUUGUCUUGAGAAUUUAGUCCAUCUGCAUCAACUUGAAAGUUUUAAGUGCAAAGUCAUUUCCAGUGUUUGGCCAUAUGUUCCUGUGCCUCAGAACCUUGCUUUCCCACCAAAUCUAAAGAAGUUAACUUUGAGUGGUUGCAAACUUUCAAGGCAUAAUAUGUUUCUUGUUGGUAACCUUCCCAAUCUUGAAGUUUUCAAACUAAAAGAGGUUGCCUUCGAAAACAAUGCAUGGAAAACUGAAGGGGAAUUUUCUCGAUUAAAAUUCCUGCACGUUGAAGCACGUUAUCUUAAAAUCUGGGAAGCCGAGGCAGCACAUUUCUCAUGCCUACAGUGCAUAUAUCUUAGGGGUUGCUCGAAUUUAAAAUGCAUCCCUUCUGGAAUUGGAGAAAUUCCAACUCUUCAGCAAAUCAUCUUGUACAGAUGUCCGUCAUCUGUUGUGAAUUCGGCAAAUUCAAUAUUAGAGGAACAACAAGACUGGGGAAACUAUGAACUUAAGGUUCAUAUCGAUUCCCUUGAUUUUGGAAACAUAGCUUUCAGUGGCUACUCCUAUCGUAAGAUGACAAAACUUGUGAAUAAAACGAUCCCAGUGCACAUACGUGAGAUUAUGAUUGAUGUGUUAUGAUCCAGACGCGGAGGUCAUAGAUUGAGCAUUUGAGAGUUACAUUUAGUACAAAAUAAAAUGAAACCUGUUUGCAAUUUUGUUUAAUUGGGAGGUUAAUUGAAUCUUGUUGAAAAUCUUUGUGAGUAUUCUUGAUGCGGACAUCACCCAUAUAUGUUUUGGGCUAGUUUCAUAUAUGUUUAGUUUAGUUUAAGCUUCAAUUAUUGGGUUUGGCCCAAGCCCAUUUACUUUCUAGGUUUGUCGAUUUCUCUAUUUACAUAUAUUGGUAAUGUAAUUUCAAAGGAGACAAUGAUUGAUGAAUAUAAAUGAAAUGCAUGGCUAACAAGUUUUCUCC